AUGCAUGCCCCACCCCCCCCCAGUUGCUAUAAAAGGAAGUUGCCUGUGAGCUCUUCCAUCUCCAUUCCGCCUUUUGAAGCCACAUUCAUGGUUGCUUGUCAGACCCCAGCUGCCAAAGUGGUGGAGCAGAUGGAGAACAAGUGUGCUUUUCAGGAGGUUGAACAGUUGAACAGUACAGAAGAUAAACUUAUAGUAGUUAACUUCUCAGCCAUGUGGUGUGGGCCUUGUAAAAUGAUCAAGCCUUUCUCUCGUUGCCUCUCUGAGAAGUAUUCCAACAUGGUGUUCCUUGAAGUCCACAUGGAUGAUGGUCAGGGUGUUGCUACAGAAUGUGAAGUCAUCAUGCCAAACUUCCAGUUUUAAAAAAAGGGACAAAAGGUGGGUGAGUUUUCUGGAGCUAAUAAGGGAAAACUUGAAGCCACCAUGAAUGAGUUAAUCUAA